AUGGCGAACCUCUCUACACAGUCCUUCUCCAAGCUUGCUUCAGCUUCUUCGCAACAACUUUCUGGUCUAUCAUGGCUCUGGUCAUACUACCUUCUACCUGCCAUCGUCGCUUAUCCUUUCCUAUGCUCGGUUCUUCGCUUUCGGCGACUCAAGAGUCUGCAAGCCAAAUACAAGUACGGUACACCUGAACACCCAUCCUACGAAGGCAUGACAGUCAAGGAGGCCCAUGAUAUCGUCCAAGCACUGAGCGACCUCGAAUUUCCAGCGUUGUUCGAAAAGGGUCUCCAAUUUGCCCUCUUCCGGACUUAUGGAAUUCCUACCAUCAGCAAAUUGCUUGUCAAGACCACUCAAUUGUCCACGGCCAAGAAUGUCCCCAAGAGAUACGCAGAUACGGGGGUGCUUUUGACUGAUAUGUAUUCCGCUGAGCCUGAAAGUGAGAAAUGCUUCGAAGCCUAUGCGAGGCUGAACUACUUGCAUGGUCACUACAUCAAGCAAGGGCAGAUCAGCAAUAACGACAUGCUUUACACGCUCUCUUUGUUUCUAAAUCAGCCAGUGGAGUGGAUCAACAAGUACGAAUGGAGGCCACUCACAGAUCUAGAAAUUUGUGCCAUGGGAGUCUUUCACAAAGCCAUGGGCGAUGGCAUGGAGAUCUCUUUUGAACCAUUGCCAUCGUACUCCACCGGGUGGAAGGAUGGGCUCCACUUCUAUCGUGAACUCGAUACCUGGGCUAAAGAGUAUGAGAAGCAAUACAUGGUCCCCAACCAAAAGAACUACGACACCGCUGUCCAGACUCGACAACUUUUUCAGAGUAUGUACCCUAACUUCAUGAAAGGCGUGCUCACAAAGGUCAUCAGUGCUCCUCUGGAUGAUCGUUUGAGAGAAGCCAUCAUGUUUGACAGGACACCCGCAUCGUAUACCUUUUUCUUCAAUGGGUUUAUGGAAUUGAGGAGGCUCUACUUGAGAUAUCUCGCCCUUCCGAGAGCGCAUUUCAUGAUGAUUACUCUCCUCACCAAAGAGCCCGAUGCGAACGGUCGACGAUAUUAUGUCAAGUGGGACACCACGCCAGUGUAUGUCAAACCAACUCUAUGGAAUCGAUGGGGCCCCAGUGCGAUCAUGAACGUGAUUAUGGGAGUGCCUCGUCCCGGUGAUAAGGGCACAUAUCCAGAAGGAUUUGAGAUCAAGAAUGCUGGUCCAUCUGCAUUUGUCGGCAAAGGUGUCAAGGAGAUGGAGGCCACCAAGGAGAAGCUGAGAAAGGAGAGAACCGCCGGAUGUCCUUUUGCGGUGCGUCGAACCUGA